AUGAAGAACUCAAACGCCGGCUUUUCCUUACAUGCAGUAAUUAUAAUCUUAUCCAUGCCCCUUUUCGUCUCUUCACUCCGAAUCAGACCACGCCUUUCGGACCCAUGCAACCGUCCCCCGGCAGACCCGCUAACACUCCAAACCGAUCAACUAACAGUACUAAUCAACGGCUACUCCGAACACCGUAUCCCACUCCUCCAAUCAAUCGCCGCCACGUAUGCUUCCGCAUCCUCCGUCGCCGCCGUCGUCAUCCUCUGGGGAAACCCUACAACUCCGCCGCAAAUCCUCUCUGAUCUAACCGAAUCCCUUGCCACGUCAUCAACUCCGAUCUCUAUACUCCGGCAACUUUCGUCAAGCCUCAACCUCCGUUUCUACCCGCACAAAUCGAUCACUACACGUGCGGUGCUUAUUUGCGAUGACGACAUCGAACCCGACCCGGAAUCCGUGAACUUUGCGUUUAACGUGUGGAAAUCCAACCCGGAUCGAUUAAUUGGAUUCUUCGUCAGAUCGCACAACUACGACCUAACGCAAAAAUCAUGGAUCUACACCAUGGAAAACAACAAAUACUCCAUCGUAUUAACAAAAUUCAUGAUCGUGAACUUACAAUACCUCCACGAAUACACAUGCAACGAAGAAUUCGCAAAACUGAGGGCAAAAGUGGAAGAAAAGAACAACUGCGAGGACAUACUGAUGAAUUUUGUGGUGGCGGAGGAGGUGAAAAAGGGUCCAAUUUUGGUGGGUGCGAAGAGGGUUAGGGAUUGGGGAGAUGCGAGGAACAAAGGUGGGGAAAUGAAGGAAAGGGAAGUGGGUUUGAGUAGUAGAAAAAAGGAGCAUAGGAAGAGAAGAGGAGAAUGUAUUGCUGAGUUUCAUAGAUUAUUGGGGAAGAUGCCAUUGAGGUAUAGUUAUGGGAAAGUUGUGGACUCCAUUGGAGAACAAGGUCUAUGUGAGAAAGGUGGUAAGUUGGUAUAUUGUGAUAGGCAGAUUUUCAGAUGA